CACUUCCGUCGCGGGCGGCGGGCGGGCGAUGGCGGCGCAGUUCCGCAGCUACGUGUGGGACCCCGCGCUGAUCGUGGCGCAGAUGGUGCUGCUGCAGGCGGGGUACUACAGCUCUCUCGGGCUCUGGCUCGCCCUCCUCGGCACCCUGGGCAGCACCGGGCCCUCCCUCCAACAGGUCUUCAGCGACGAGAUUUUAGGCUUCUCAACCCCGCCGGGGAGGCUCUCCAUGAUGGCUUUCAUCCUCAAUGCACUCACCUGUGCUCUGGGCUUGCUGUACUUCAUCCGGCGAGGGAAGCAGUGCCUGGAUUUCACCGUCACCGUUCACUUCUUCCACCUGCUGGGCUGCUGGAUCUACAACUCGCGCUUCCCCUCGACGCUGACGUGGUGGCUGGUGCACAUCGUGUGCACGGCGCUGAUGGCGGCCAUCGGGGAGUACCUGUGCAUGAGGAUAGAGCUCCGGGAGAUCCCCCUCAACUCCGCCCCCAAAUCCAACGUAUAGACUGGCUCUGGCAACACCAUGCUGCGUUAUCUCAUUGUUCCCAGCACAGUGCAUCCAAUGCCUCAGAAUCAUCCCUGAAGAAGCACAGCAGGUCUGUUUAGACUUUAUGAUUAAUUUUUUUUUUGGACUUCGGUGACUGCAUGAGCGUGAGCAUCUCCUCUGGCAUCAGCUGACAGCAGGGGAGGAGCAGAUGUUUAUUUUGUUAACACAAAGUAUUAAUAUGACUGUAUGGAGAGCGUGCCCUUAAACUCUUCACUCAUGAGACUGUUAAAAGCCAGGUAGCAAAACUUGGUGCGUGAGGAGCAUUUGGAAUUUAACGAUGUGGGAGUGCCCUGAAUGGAUAACACAGUGGUCAGCUCUUCUUGCUGGAGCUGGCAUGGUGAGCAGUGGGGCUGGGAGCUGCUGCUUCCAAUCUGUGACUUGUUUGGGCCUUGCCUGGGAAGAGUCAAGGAAGUGAAUGGAUGGGGAGAAAGAAAAUAGUUGUACUUACCUGAAUCACCAGCUGCGACACUAAAUAACCUGUACCGUUAGAUGGGUUUGUUUGCUGUUUCCAUGUUUGAUACACAGAGGUGACAGACAGCAGUUUGCUGAAGAAAUCUUUUGUAAUAAUAAAAAUAUAAUGUUGCUGUGAGUGUUA